AAAGCCACACAGGAAGAGACUCUGUCUGUCUGCCCUCCAGUGCACUUAAGUAUGAUGGUCAAACUGUCAGCAGCAAAACAUCAUGAAGGUCGCAGCUUUCCACUUUGGGCUAUUGAUGACGGCGUUCAUGCAGCUGGGUAACCGUCCUCAGAGAGUCGAUGCAGCGUUUUGGAUCAUUCCUACCAAACUGCAAGUCUUUGAAUACGAGUCUCUCUCUUUUCAAUGCAUCGGUGCGACUGGGUGGAAAAUCGUAAGGAAGACAAAAGCCAACACUUCAUCUUGCGGUUUCUCCAAGUGGGGGAUUUUAGACGAGUUCUCCUGCACUAUUAAGGACGCUUUCCAGGAGGACAGUGGAGCGUACUGGUGCGAGGCUGAAGGAGGGGAACGCAGCAGCUCUGUUAACGUCACCGUCACUGCUGCUCCCGUCGUCCUGGAGAGUCCUGCCCAUCCUGUCCUGGAGGGAGAGACUGUGAUAAUACGCUGUAGAUCCAAACUGAUGUCUUCAAACCUCACAGCCGAGUUCUACAAAAACGGCCUUUUCAUCGGGAGGAGCUUAACGAGCGAGAUGACCCUCCUCAGUGUUUCCACGUGUGAUAAAGGACUCUACAAGUGCAAGAUCAGGGAGGAAUCAGCAGAGAGCUGGCUGGCUGUCAGAGCACAGCACCAGGAGAGUCACUCCUCCUCAGACGUUGUGUUCGUCUUCUUUAGAAACGUUCUCCCCGUCGUGAUGAUGAUUCCACUUCUGCUCUUACUGGGAAUUCUCAACGGCUGGAAAUUCAGAGGGUUCAGAUGCAGAACUGACAUAUGUCUUGACUGUGUGAAGAUUUGAAGCCUCCCAGAAAUGAGGUGCAGCUGACAAACCACAUCUGUAUUACCAUGACUGUCCACUUUUUCAUAACCCACCUUGACCACACCUCUGGGGAACCACCACAGCCUCUCUGAUCGCCUAUCAAACAGACUGUGCGGCUUUUCAUGGGCGUGCAUGUAAAAUAAGUCAUGCAAUAUAAUCCAAUGAACUGUGACUCUCUUCCUUGUGCUUCCUCUCCCUUUGGAGUUGUUCUUUAACUUUUAUAUGAUGAUGUGAUGUCGUAAUGUUCAGAAAGAAGGGAAAGAAGAAAGACAUUGUGAUGUUGUAAAACUCUUUUGCAACAGUAGGCCGAUGAUGAAGCUUGUACAGCAAAUCUGAAUGUAUCUAACAGUGAUUAACAGUUUUAUUAAAAUAUGUACAAGACAUCUUUUGUGCAAAUGUA